UUGCCGUUAAGUGACGAAACCUUCCCUCUCUUCCAUCUCCCUCUCCGUUCCUUCCACCGCUUUCCCCACAAACCCCCCGCGCCCUUGUCCCCGCCUGCUCUCCUCCACUCCCGCCUCGUCGGCCGCAGAGGAUCUCCUAGGGCAAACCGCAAAAACCCUAGCCGAGGGCGAGGACCCCCCCUCUCCCCCCCGCAUGCGUGGUUCCUGAGAAAAAUAAUUUAGCUAUGCAAAGAUGGAACCUUAUGUGUUUCUGUAGCGGCAACUGAUAAUUAAAUAGCUAUGGAUGGGAAUGGAAAAUUAUCAGUUGAUGAGUUAAAAAAUAUGGAAGCUGGCCACUCAAAUGGACAACCGGGAGUUGAUAUCAUAAUAAUUGAACCUGAAAGGGAUGAAAAUAAAGUUAGGGGAGAAACUAACGUGGGAGAAGGCCCGUUUGAGGACAACAGGGAGCACAAAUGUGAGGAAACGGACAAUGGUGUGCAUGAAGAAGCGUCCACUAGUACAGAUGAUGAUUCAGAUAGUGAUUUUUAUUUUCUUCGGGAAUCAGAGAACGGACGAACUUCAGAGUCUGAUGCUGAGGAGAACGGCAUUGAGGUGCCUCUACCUGAGGAAGAAGUUGAAGAAUUGGUCGCUGAAUUCCUUGACGUUGAGAGCAAAGCAGCUAAAGCGCAAGAAUCACUUGAAAAAGAGUCCCUGGAAAAAAUUGAAGCUGAAGUAAGGUUGGAAUUAUCUGAGAGGCUCCAAGGAGAUGUGUUGGAGUUAGCUGUGUCAACUGAGAUGGAGCAAUUCAAGAAUGAAUGGUCAACUGAACUUGAUGAUUUGGAGAUUCACAGUGCUGUUCUGUUGGAACAACUUGAUGCUGCUGGCAUUGAACUUCCCAGCCUUUAUAAGUCAAUAGAAAGUCAAGUCCCAAAUGUUUGUGAAACUGAAGCAUGGAAAAACAGGACUCAUUGGGUUGGUUCUCAAGUGCCUGAAGAAGCAAAUCAAUCAAUCAGAAAAGCUGAUGAAUACCUCCAGUCUUGUAGACCUGUAAGGAGAAAGCAUGGUAAGCUGCUGGAGGAAGGUGCUGGUGGCUUUCUUGCCGGAAAAGUUCCUAUUGGUGAUGAUGGUUCUGUACAGUGUCAUGAGAAAAGUUGGAGUUCAUUCAAUGAACUUAUUAAAUCAAAGGAGUGUGCCGAAAGUUCUUUUGGCAGUGAUAACUGGGCAUCAGUUUACCUGGCCAGUACCCCCCAGGAAGCUGCUGCCUUAGGUCUCCAAUUUCCAGGGGUUGAUGAGGUGGAAGAGAUAGCAGAAGUCGAAGGUGAUGUUGAUGUCAUAAAAGGCUUUGAUGAAAUAGAGCUUUCUGAAGAACAGAGAAGAAAAUACAAAAAGGUAAGAGAAGAAGAUGAUGCAAAAACAAUAAGACGCUUGCGGCGCCAAAUGAAAAAAAGGACAAGAAGCUGUUGCAAGGAGAACUUUGGUUUGGCCUCGUCAUCAAAUGGAUUCAGUGAGUUGCCUCCGUUAUCCGAUAAUGGUGUUUUGGGUUCCAGCAGUGGCCUUCUUUCAUCUGAAAAACACAAAAGUGAUAAAAAUGAAGUUUCUGGUGAGCCGCUGAAGCGCGCACGCGAAGAUGAUUUUGAGCUUGACCACAAGAGGCCAAAAACUGUAAUAGUAGAAAGUGAUGAUGACAUGCUGAUCAAUAGUAAGCCAGCUUUAGGUAACCAGGUUAGUGACAGUAGUUCAGCAGAAGUUAAAAAGGUGGUUGACAUUAUUGAUCUUGAUCUCUUACCAUCAGAAAGCCCUAACUUCGGUGAUAAGGCUUUACCUAAGGUUUUCAAGUGUACAGUUUGCACCGAAAUGUUGAAUGCCCGUGAUGUGCAUCGCCACCCAGUACUGGAUGUUACUAUUUGCGGAUCUUGCAGAUUUCUGGUGAUAGAGAAGAAUCGCCUUGAGGGUCCUGUAUCUGGUGGUUAUUGCACCUGGUGUGUUCAAUGUGAACAACUCCAAAGUUGCAGUUCCUGCAGGAUGCUUUUUUGUACUAAUUGCUUGUCAAAGAAUUUUGGUGAAGAAUGCCUGUCAAAAGCUAAAGUCGCUGGCUGGCAGUGUUGUUGCUGCCAACCCAGACAACUGGAACACUUGAUUUCUGAAUGUGAUAAGGCCCUGAGUGGUGUUGAAUCUUCUGAUCUUGAGAGUGACAACACUUCUGGAAAUGAAAGCGAUGGUCCUGUUAGCAAGCACAAAAGGAAAAAGAGGAUAAGAAGAAUCAUUGAUGAUACAGAACUUGGGGAGGAAACAAAGCGUAAAAUUGCAAUGGAGAAGGCUAGGCAAGAACAUUUGAAGUCCAUGCAUGAGCAGUCUGCCAGCAAGUUAAGCAGAAGCAACAUUGUAACUUUCUCUGGAGUUCUAUCAGAAGUCUCUCUACAGGAUGCUGGCGAUGGCCAUAUUGUCAAUGUAGCUAGGGAGGAAGAUGAGGAACCUGUUAGAAUUCCUAGCAGUGUAUCUUCUAAACUGAAGCCUCACCAGGUAUCAGGAAUAAGAUUUAUGUGGGAAAAUGUUAUCCAGUCUGUUAGAACAGUCAAAUCCGGGGAUAAAGGUUUUGGGUGCAUUUUGGCACAUAACAUGGGGCUCGGGAAAACUUUUCAGGUUAUUACAUUCUUGUACGUGGUUAUGAGAUGUGUCCAGUUGGGAUUCCGCACCGCACUUAUAGUUACCCCUGUUAAUGUUCUGCAUAACUGGAGAAAAGAGUUCACCAAGUGGCGUCCAGACGAACUAAAGAGUCUUCAUGUGUUUAUGCUGGAAGAUGUUGCAAGGGUAAAAAGGCUACAAUUACUAAACAAGUGGCGAGCAAAGGGCGGAGUGCUUCUCAUUGGUUAUUCAUCAUUUAGAAACUUAUCUCUUGGAAGGCAUGCGAGAGAAAAAUAUACCGCAGAUGAGAUUUCUAAUGCUUUGCAGUGUGGGCCAGAUAUUCUUGUAUGUGAUGAAGCACAUAUGAUAAAGAAUAGGAGAGCUGACAUUACACAUGCUCUAAAACAAGUAAGGACACAAAGAAGAAUUGCAUUAACUGGAUCGCCGCUACAGAAUAACUUGAUGGAAUAUUACUGUAUGGUUGAUUUUGUCAGGGAAGGGUUUCUUGGAAGCAGUCAUGAAUUUCGCAACAGGUUCCAGAACCCCAUUGAAAAUGGGCAGCACACAAAUUCUACAUCAGAUGAUGUCAAGAUCAUGAACCAACGGUCACACAUUUUGUAUGAACAGCUGAAAGGUUUUGUCCAGCGGAUGGACAUGAAUGUGGUGAAGAAUGAUCUACCACCAAAGAAGGUUUUUGUCAUUACUGUAAAGCUCUCUCAACUACAAAGAAAGUUAUACAGAAGAUUCUUGGAUGUACACGGUUUCUCAAGUGGUGGUGCUUCAGAAAAACCUCUUCAGCGCAGUGGCUUCUUUGCCAAGUACCAAAAAUUAGCCCAGAUAUGGAACCAUCCUGGUCUUCUCCAGAUGGCUAAAGAACAGAGAGGGAUUGUGCGCAGAGAAGAUGCUGUCGAGAACUUUCUGACGGAUGAGAGUUCUAGUGAUGACAAUCCUAAUAUUGAAAAUCAAUUGCCAGACAGAGAGAAACAGAAGAGUAAAACUGAUCAGCAGUCCAAGAAAAGCGACUUUGUGAACGAGGGUUUUUCAGGGGGGGAAAGUAAUUGGUGGGAGAACCUUCUAGAUGCUAAUACGUAUAUGGAAGCUGAUUACAGUGGCAAAAUGGUCUUGCUCCUUGAUAUACUGUCAACUUGUUAUGAAUUGGGUGAAAAGGUAUUAGUGUUCAGCCAGAACUUGACCACUCUGGAUUUGGUGGAGUUUUAUCUCUCUAAGUUGCAAAUCAAAGGAAAAGAACGUAAAUUUUGGAAGCAGGGCAAGGACUGGUACAGGCUUGAUGGGAGCACUCCAUCUUCCGAGCGACAGAAUCUUGUGGAGAGGUUUAAUGAACCUGCAAAUACAAGAGUGAAAUGCACAUUGAUAUCGACUCGAGCUGGGUCACUGGGUAUCAACCUUCAUGCAGCAAACCGUGUGGUCCUCCUGGAUGGUUCAUGGAAUCCAACACAUGAUUUGCAAGCCAUUUAUCGGGUUUGGAGGUAUGGCCAGACCAAACCUGUGUAUGCUUACCGCUUAAUGGCAUAUGGAACUAUGGAAGAGAAAAUAUAUAAGCGGCAGGUGACGAAAGAAGGGCUCGCAGCAAGGGUGGUGGAUAGACAGCAAGUGUCUAGAACAAUCUCCAGAGAAGAGAUGUUGCAUCUUUUUGAAUUUGGUGAUGAGGAAUCAUUGGACCAGUGUUGUAAUGGUUCUACAAUAAUUGAUCACACUGCCGUUGGAACGGAGAAGCUGUCUACGUCCAGCAGUAAAACCACUGAACUACCUGUUGACAAGCUCAUGCUGAACCUACUUAGUGAUCACUCUAGGUGGAUUGCAGGUUAUCACGAACAUGAAGCUCUUCUGCAAGAAAAUGAAGAUGAAAGGCUUACUAAGGAAGAACAAGAUAUGGCCUGGUCAAGUUUCAAAAAAGCGCAGCAGUUGGAAGCCGUGCCAAGGAGAAGUCAUGAUCCUGAGAGAAAGCCAAAUGUGAUCGCUCUUCCAACACAGACCAGCCUUGUGCCCCCCAAAGUUACUUCAAGAAGUCGGCAGCCACAGCAACCAAAGACUAACUCGAACCAGAAGAAAUGCACCAAUCUAACCCACUUGCUGACUCUAAGAAGUCACGGCACCAAAGCGGGAUGCACGACAAGCUGUACGGAAUGUGGCCAAGACAUUAGCUGGGAAACCCUAAACAGAGAUGGUGGUAGGUUAAGGUGAUGCUCUACUUGGCUUUGUCCAUGUAGAAUUUCAGUGACGCAUUUUCUGUUUAUUUUGUUUAAUGUACUCCCUCCGGCCGGAAUUACUUGUCGAAAUAUUACAUGUAUCUAGACGCUUUUACACAUAGAUACAUCCGUAUUUGAGAAAAUUUGAGACAAAUAAUACCGGUCGGAGGGAGUAGUUGAUUCAAGUGGUAUGCGUUAUCAUGCAUGGUUCUCCAAUGUACAUAUAAAAGCAUAGAAAGGAAAUGGAAAAAAGGGAGGCGUUUUUGGGUCCAAA